AUGACCAAGGCUUUAAUCUUAGCUCUUUUCUUGGGCUUAUCCUCUGCUGCUUAUGAUCAAGGAUGGUUCUAUCCAAACAAGGAUGCCAGCUUUGACAACAUUUUCUAUAACAACUACGCUGGUUUAGCUUAUAAACUUCAAGCAGAUGUGGGUUAUGGUACUCACUAUGCAACUUCUUAACCAGGCAGUUAAAAGGUUGAGACCUACGGACUCCACGCCUACGCUUUUGGCUAAGUUCAUACUAUGUGGCACAUUGCUAAUGUCUACCACUCUACUUUCUAAUUCACUUUCAUGCCAUUAUAUUUUGAGCCCUACACUCAAUCAAUAAAAUGGGAAAGACCAGAAAAAAGUGGAAAUGACUUCCAUUUCUAUGUUAAGGGUGAAAAGUUCAUCAGACCACUUUAAUUCGUUACUUACGUCUACGAGAAUAUGGAAACAUUCGAAAGAUCAGUAGUCGACUAUGUUGAAGAUGAAUCAGAUACUUACAGUCUAUUUCCAAAAGAAAUUGUUUAUGACAAAGACUACGAAAUUAAGUAAGAAGAUCCAUACUGGAAAUAUGAUUUGGCCAGUAAGCUCAAGCUCGGAGAUUUCGUAACAAAAUUCAACAAACCCUACUACGAUUGGAAAAAGUUAUUCUGA